AUGGCUAGCACUGUCGGCCAGACCAUCACUUGCAAGGCGGCGGUCGCGUGGGCGGCCGGUGAGCCCCUCUCCAUUGAGGACAUCGAGGUCGCACCUCCCAGGGCCCACGAGGUCCGCAUUCAGGUCCUUCACACUGGUGUCUGCCACACAGAUGCCUACACACUCUCCGGAAAGGACCCCGAAGGAGCUUUCCCCGUCGUCCUCGGACACGAGGGUGCCGGUAUCGUCGAGUCCGUCGGCGAGGGCGUCACCUCCGUGAAGCCCGGUGACUAUGUCGUCGCUCUUUACACCCCCGAGUGCCGCGAGUGCAAGUUCUGCAAGUCCGGCAAGACCAACCUCUGCGGAAAGAUCCGCGCUACCCAAGGAAAGGGUGUCAUGCCCGAUGGCACAUCCCGCUUCAAGGCCCGCGGCAAGGACCUCCUCCACUUCAUGGGCACCUCCACCUUCUCCCAGUACACCGUCGUCGCCGACAUCUCCGUUGUUGCCGUCACCGAGAAGAUCCCCACCGACCGAUCGUGCCUGCUCGGCUGCGGUAUCACAACCGGUUACGGUGCCGCCGUUGUGACCGCCAAGGUUGAGGAGGGCUCCAACAUCGCCGUCUUCGGCGCUGGAUGUGUUGGUCUCUCCGUCAUGCAGGGUGCCGUCAAGAACAAGGCCGGCAAGAUCAUCGCCGUCGACGUCAACGACGCCAAGGAGGAGUGGUCGCGCAAGUUCGGUGCCACCCACUUCGUCAACCCCACCAAGCUCAACGGCCAGACCAUCCAGGAGAAGCUCAUCGAGAUGACCGACGGCGGCUGCGAUUACACCUUCGACUGCACAGGAAACGUUGGCGUCAUGCGCGCCGCCCUCGAGGCCUGCCACAAGGGUUGGGGUGAGAGUAUCGUCAUUGGUGUCGCUGCUGCUGGCCAGGAGAUCUCUACUCGACCAUUCCAACUCGUCACCGGCCGUGUAUGGCGCGGAUGCGCCUUCGGUGGUAUCAAGGGUCGCACUCAGCUCCCUGGCCUCGUGGACGACUACCUCAACGGUAACCUCAAGGUCGACGAAUUCAUCACCCACCGCGAGCCCCUUUCCAACAUCAACACUGCUUUCGAGCAGAUGAAGGCUGGCGAUUGCAUUCGCUGCGUUGUUGACCUAUCAUAA